UUGUUAAAAGAAUAUUUUAAGAAUUUUAUUGCUAAAAAAAAAAAUUCGAAUUUCACCUUUACAUUUUAGUCCGUUCCAAUUAUAAGACCAAGUGCUCCAGCCUCUUUAUCAACAAAAUCGGAUGGUGCACGUAUUAAGAAUUAUGAUCAAAAUGGAAAACCAUAGCAGAAAAACUCAGUCGAACUGGAAGCCUGCGUUGGGAUGCCCGAGGCCCGCCCUGACUGAACGCCGAUAGCGACCACGGCAAACAAGUCGGCGGCCGCCCACCGGAGGAGGAGGUGGGAAUAAUCCGAGGGUUGGCAAUUGGCAGGCCUUGUGAAUGCAACGAGAGCAGUCUCCAUGAGAAGAAGACGCUUUCCUUCAUCCUAGAGCUCCAAGACGACGAGGGAAGAGAGGGAUGGCCGCCGGUCUCCACGCUAGACUGCUGCUGGGUGGUGGCCCCCCUCACCUCCCUGCCCGUCCGGCGCAUUCUUUCAGUUCGAGAAUCAAACAAUCGCCUUCUCUCCUCCAAGCUUCUUCCCGCUCUUGCUUCAUUUUCGCUUCCUUAUCUCCUUCCGUUUCUUCUUCCGCUCCACCCAUCUUCGUUUCUUCUUUCCCCUCGAAGAACUCUUCUUCUCCCUCCUUCCUCUUCCAGUACUACGCUCUUCGCUGCACUGACGGAAGCGGUGGUGGUAACAAUUGGAACAAUAAUGGCCACGGUGACGAUGGAGGCGGCGACGGUGAAGGCUCGUUCGGAUUUGGUGACGAGAGGUGGGAUUUGAAAUUCUGGGGACUCCUCAUCCUCGCCGCCGAUAUUUUCAGGAACAAGGACAGUUGGAAGAGGGCCAUUCUCUUCUGCAUGGCCUUCAUGUGUUGCCACCUCCUCUAUUUUCAGAAGCGUUGUGCCUAUGCACAAGUGGGGGUCGACGUGCCUGGUUCUGUGUGGGAAGUGAAGGGAGGAAUGUGGCUGAGACUUGUGCCUGAUGCAUCUACGGACGCUUUCCUUGUUAACGGGAGAACCGGUAUCAACCGGCAGACCAAGAAUGACGGGGAGGAUGAGCUUGGUUCUUCAUCUGCCUCUUCUGGAUUUCGAGCUGGUGCUCGUCGUGAGGAAUUCAGCAGAAUGGUCACGGAUUGUGUAAGUUGGUGUAGAGGUUUCGUGCUCAGAUUGAUGCUUCCAGAAGACUAUCCAGAAAGUGUGAGCAGUGACUAUUUGGAAUACUCGAUUUGGAGGGCCGUUCAGAGCAUUGCCAGCCAAGUCAACGGCGUUCUUACAACCCAGGCUUUACUUUAUGCUGUCGGAUUGGGGAAAGGUGCUAUUCCAACCGCAGCAGCUGUCAAUUGGGUAAUGAAAGAUGGAAUUGGUUACCUUAGCAAAAUUAUGUUGUCAAAAUAUGGCCGCCAUUUUGAUGUUCAUCCAAAGGGGUGGAGGCUAUUUGCAGACCUUUUGGAAAACGUUGCCUACGGAUUGGAGUUGUUGACUCCUGCAUUUCCUCAACUUUUUGUGCUGAUUGGUGCGGCUGCAGGUGCUGGUCGUUCAGCUUCUUCAAUGAUACAGGCUGCCACGAGAAGCUGUUUCUAUGCUGGCUUUGCUGCACAGAGGAACUUUGCAGAGGUGAUUGCGAAAGGAGAAGCUCAAGGGAUGGUGAGCAAGUCUGUUGGUAUCAUCUUGGGGAUUGCCUUAGCUAAUUAUGUCGCAUCAUCUGGGACAUUAACUGCUAUUUCUUUUGGAGUAGUUACUGCACUCCACAUGUUAUGCAACAUAAAGUCAUACCAAUCCAUUCAGCUGAGGAGUUUAAAUCCAUACCGUGCAAGUCUGGUCUUCAGCGAGUAUCUCCUUAGUGGUCAAGUACCACCUAUAAAAGAGGUCAAUGAUGAGGAGCCACUUUUUCCAGGCAUACCGAGUUUGAAGAUCAAGUCCAUACAACAAGAAAAAGACCAAGUGCUAUCCACUGAAGCCAAACAAGCAGCCGCACAAAUCAACUACAGGCUGCAAUUAGGUACCAAGUUCAGUGAGGUGGUAAGAAGCAAGGAGGACGCACGUGCACUGUUUGGACUCUUCAGAAACGAAGGCUAUGUUCUUGUUGAAGAGGGAGGAGGAUUCUUUGUGACAUUGAAAGAAGGCUGCACUCCCAGAGACAUGCUGAAAUCACUAUUCCAUGUUUGUUAUAUGUAUUGGCUUGAGCAAAAUGUGGGAAUUGAGACUAGAGGAGCCGUUGAGGAUUGCAAACCAGGAGGAAAGUUGCAAUUGUCAUACGAGUAUGUGCAAAGGGAAUUUAGCCAUGUGAAGAGCGAUGGACAAGCAGCUGGGUGGUAUACUGAUGGGCUUGUUGCUAGGCCACUGCCAUACAGGAUUCGUGUCGGAUAGACAGUUCUUGCAACUGAAGACGGUUCUGUAGCCUAACAAUGUUACACCUACUCCUUCACCUGCUACGCCAUGCGUCAAGCCAAAUUUUGGCAUGUGACACUCCUACAAAUUGUGGAGGAAGGAUUAUUUAGUUCCUGAUGGGAACAGAGCAACUUAUCAGCCCCAAUGUCAUCUUCAGUUGUUUAAGUUCUUUAAUGAAAGCAAAGAGAGCAAUUGGUUAGCUGCAGAUGCAAAACGGGACCAUUCUUCAGUCGACAAAGUUCCUUCGUGAAAGGUUACAAUCUCAAUUAGUUAGCUGCAGAUACAAAAUGAGACAAGAUGUAGCUUCGCCGUGCAUCUCAAUUUUGUCCUCCAUCAGGAAAGUCCAUUUUUUGGUAGGAGUGGUGAUUGGGACUUUACUGAUCAUUGUUUAUUAGUCUGCAUUAACAGUUUCAAGCAAGGGUACAUAUAACAGAGAUUCUUGUGUCUUACACAACCUGCUAAACUAGCAACAGGUUCAACUGCAAUUUGUUGUUGGUCUCUGAGUGUUGUAAGGAAACUAACAGAAGCAAUAGAGAACGAGUAUUUCUGCCA